AUCAACAUUGACGAAAGGACUGCGAACGAAAAUUUAAUAUCUUGUAUGGCAGGUCACACGCAAAUUCUAGGCUUACCCGAAUUGUCGUCGGAUCAACCGGGGACAACUCGGGUUUUGCGGAUCAAAGUCAUCAACGGAACAAAUUUGGCUAAAAAAGAUAUAUUUGGUGCAAGUGACCCUUAUGUGAAAAUCAGCUUGUACCGAGGUGAUAGGGAAGCUGGUGUUAUUGACAGUGUUUGUACCGCUGUCAUCAAGAAGACAUUGAACCCAAAAUGGAAUGAAGAAUUUCAGUUCAGAGUAAACCCAAGAGACAAUGUGUUAUUGUUUGAAGUGUUUGACUCCAAUAGAGUGACCCGAGAUGACUUUUUGGGAUUGGUGGAGAUCCCCCUGGCACACACCAGUAUUGCCUGUGAAAGACCGGGUCGUGAUUUAGCAGCCAAAGACUACAUCCUCAGACCACGCAGAAGAUGGAAUCGAUUUGUAAAAUCAAGGGUCAAGGGCCACCUAUGGCUGUAUCUGGCUUUGUUACCAUUGUCGGACACAGAGGAAGAGGAAGGUGAAGAUACAGCAGCUGGACAACCACAACAAGAGGUGAGUCAGUCAGGAUGGGAGUUUUUAGACAUGAACAAUAGUUUAAAUGAGGCUGGUGCCUCUGGCCCCACCCAGGAGGCUACAAAUGCUGAGCCCCUACCACCAGGCUGGGAGAUGCGAACCCAUCCGGAAACCCAUAGGAAAUACUACAUCAAUCAUACCACACGUACCACACAAUGGGAUCCUCCUACUGGGGUAUUAGGAAGCAGUGACCUCCCUGCAGGCUGGCAGGAACGAAUGGACUCCAAUGGGAGGACAUACUAUGUCAACACACAGACCAGAUCCACACAGUGGGAAAGACCUUUAGGAAGUAAUUCCACAGAAGAAGAAACAGCUGGGGAGGAUCUACGUCAGCAACAAAGAAAUGUGGCAGCCCAAAUGUAUCGGGCUCGACGACACAUCAGUGUGGAAGACACUAUUAGUAUGCAAGGAGACACGGAUAGUCCAACACCAACUCCACGCCCUGCAUCUACUGGUCAAACAGAGAUCAGAAAUCAACUCAACCGUCACAGAUUUGCAUCAGUAAACUCAGCUCCCAGAUUACAACCCAGUGCCACAGGAGGCGAUUUAGAUGAGGAACCACUAGGGCCGGGCUGGGCAAUGGGUAUGGCGCCAAACGGUCGUGUCUUUUUCAUUGAUCACAACACCAUGAAAACCACAUGGGAGGAUCCUAGAAAAGCCACGACUAGGACUGCCAGUAUGAGAAGUCAGCACGGAGAUAUGCCAAAUGUAGUCACCAGGGCGUCCUCAAAUGAAGACCUUCUUGUAAAUUUGGGGCCAUUACCUGCUGGAUGGGAAGAGAGAACCCACUCGGACGGCAGAGUAUUCUACAUAAAUCACUCAACCAAAACGACCCAAUGGGAAGACCCUCGUCUACAGAAGUUAGGAGGACAGGCUGUGCCGUAUUCUAGGGAUUACAAGAGAAAAUAUGAUUACUUCAGAUCAAAGUUACGGAAACCUCAAAAUGUGCCGAAUAAAGUUGAUAUUAAGAUUAGUAGAGACAACAUAUUUGAAGAUUCUUACCGCGCCAUCAUGAGUGUAAAAAAGCCAGAUAUUUUGAAAACCAGAUUAUGGAUCGAAUUUGAUGGUGACACAGGUCUUGAUUACGGUGGUGUGGCUCGUGAAUGGUUCUACCUCCUUUCUAAGGAAAUGUUUAAUCCGUUUUAUGGCCUUUUUGAGUAUUCAGCCACAGACAACUAUACACUACAGAUCAAUCCCUUGUCAGGUCUUGCCAAUGAUGACCACUUGUCCUAUUUUGAGUUUAUUGGCAGAAUUGCUGGCAUGGCGGUGUAUCAUGGAAAACUACUGGAUGGAUUCUUCAUUCGUCCAUUUUACAAGAUGAUGUUGGGAAAAAGCAUGCUUCUGCAGGAUAUGGAGCCAGUUGACUCCGAAUAUUUCAACUCGCUGUGCUGGAUACGGGACAAUGACCCUAUUGACCUUGAUCUGACCUUCAGUGUGGAAGAGGACUACUUUGGAGAGAUAACUGAACGGGAACUUAAAGCAGAUGGAAAAAACAUUGUGGUUACGAAUGAUAACAAGAUGGAGUAUAUAAACUUGGUGAUCAACUGGAGGUUUGUCUCCCGAGUGUAUAACCAGAUGACAGCCUUCAGGAAGGGCUUCAAUGCUCUAGUUCCCCAGACACUACUGCAGAUAUUUGAUGAGAAUGAGCUGGAGUUGUUGAUGUGUGGGCUACAGGACAUUGAUGUAAAUGACUGGAAAAACAACACUGCCUACAAAGGAGAAUACAAUCCUAACCACCCAGUUAUUAUCUCCUUCUGGAAGGCAGUGUACUCGGUGAAUAAUGAGAUGCGGUCCCGAUUGCUCCAGUUUGUUACAGGAACAUCUCGCGUUCCAAUGAAUGGUUUUAGGGAACUGUAUGGUAGCAAUGGUCCUCAACUGUUCACCAUAGAAAAAUGGGGCACCACCAAGAAGUUGCCACGAGCUCACACCUGCUUCAACAGACUUGAUCUUCCACCUUACGACAACUACGAGGACCUGAGGAAAAAACUUCUGUUAGCCGUUGAAAACACAGAAGGAUUUGAAGGCGUUGACUAAAUAGGUGUGAUAAUAAUUGAGAAACCAUGACUUCAGCAGACAACUGCUUGCUCCUGAGCUUACCCUUGAGUCUCUGGAUUUGUCAGAUACUGAAACUCUCAAAAAUGUCAGCAAUUUGAGGAUUUCAAAUGGAAGCAGUCCUGUUACAGAGAAAAUGGUCAGUUAGCAAACUGAUGCUGCCCUCGUCAGUUGGAUUUGACCAAGUUGACAUGCUUUUUACACAUGCAGGUUUUUUGUGCAGGCAAAAGUUAGAUGAUGCUAGGAAGAAUGAAACCUAAGGCAUCAAAGCCAAAUAUUCAACAAAGAGGACAGAUUUUAAACUAGGAUAAAGUUUGUAUAAAAUUAUCAUAUCAAUAUGUUAGUUACUAUUCUGUAUGUUUAUAAAGGACUACUUCAACUCUGUUAUUUUUUGAGAGAAAACUUUAUUUCAUAGUGUCCAGUAGCAAAAUUAUUUAAUACAAAGAUACUGUACAUCUAUAGAACUUGGCACAAUUAAAUUCCAUCCACAGUGAUUAUUAUACAAACGUAUAGAAUCAAAUUGGUGCAAUCAUAUUAUAGCGCAAAGAUUCCAGAAUGAAAAGUGCAAAAAUAAAAUUACUUCUAAAAUAUGUAUGUGUUCAGUGGAUGAGAAUGUUUGUUUAUCAUUCCUGUGUAAGUCGAUACAUAGAAACAGCUAGAAUACUAGACUUCACACAUGUUAUUUGUAAGUGGUAUGCAGUCAUACAGCAGGUAGUUUGUAUGAUUUAAGGUACAAUACCCUGAUGCAUCACAAGAUACAGAGGGAAGGGGGUGGGGUUGUUCACACUGCAUCUGUGUUAUUGCGGAUCCAGAUAUUUUUGUUUCAUGUGAUAAAUGAAGUUUUUUUUUAAUGAAAAAAUUGCUUUAACUUGCCAAACUUUUCAUCUUAGGUACAAGUUGUAAAAUGGAUGAUGCUGUUACUGUUUCCUGUUGUGAUCAAACCAGUAUUAUUAGUACUGUUAAGAACUUUACAUCUUGUGAGGCAUUUCAUCAUUUGUAAAAUUAGUUUUUCUUGUAUUGAUUAGAAAAAAAAAUUGUUUUAUGAAACAUGUUUCAUUGGUAUUUUGUUUUAGAAGUCAAUAUCAUCAUUCAUUGGGUAUUUUUUCAACUUUGUAAAAACUCAUAUUGAUGACAAGAACUUAAUAAAGAUAUGAAAUUAGGAUGGGUGUACUAGAAGGAAGAAACCAUAUAAUUGUUUUUAGUUUUUCAAUCCAAAACCUUUCAUGCUCUUGUGUUUUUGACAAGAAUCUUACUGCUAUAGAAUAUAUCAUAUCAGUCAAAUGACACAAAUUAUAGCAUCCUCCAGGAUCAGCUAAUUCAUGAAUGAAUUGUGAAGUAGUAUAUAGUAGCUACCCGAAUGUUAUAGUAGUAAGAUAUUCUCUACACCUACCACUUCCCAUUGUAUCCGAUUCCAUAUCAGUGUCACAUCUUGAGAACUGUUAGCACUUGACCACUAUUGAUUUGUAUAAUUUGAUAGAUGACUGUUAAAUACACCAAAGAACCAUGGUAAAGCGUUAUUUUUUGUGUGUGUAUUCUGCUCUUCAGUAUCACUAGUCUGGGGACAAGACUGCUCAAGCUGUAUCUUAUGUUUAACUUUCUUGAGAAAAUAAUAAGUAUACUGUUGAUCACUACAUUUAGUUACAAAGAGAAGGCCUCUUGAUGUUGCACCUUUUUGUUACCCAUCAACUGUGUUAUAAGUUGUUGUGAUGUACAACAUAAUCAGCUGCAUGGGGUUUGUUGUAUGGCCUUUGUUUUCUUGUGGGGGAAACCAGAAAUUUGCUCAAUAAAUGAAAAUUUUAAGACUUCCUGUGUCCAUGUGAUCAGUAGGUUUUCUGGUUUCACUGUUGUUAUACAGGACUGGUUCAUUGUAAGACAUCCAAAUCAAAGCAUUAGUCUGACCAUUGGUCAGCUAGAGGGUUGUGUCAUUUUAUCCUGAUAUUAACACUUAUUUUGAAUGUUUGUAUUAACUACAUACUCACUUUUGUACGAUUGUCCGGAGGAUUAAUCCAAAUCAUGUAAUGAAAAAUGACUUAUUGGAUAUCUAUGAUGGGUCUAGAGAAAAAUGGUGUCCUAAACAUUAUUACUCAUAGAAUUGUGUUUUAAUUGGGCAUUUUUAGGGGAGACUUAAGCAAUGAAUAUACUGUACACCUUAAUUAUAUCAUAUUGGCCAACAAACCUGUUACAACUUUUUGUUAUAUUGAAGCAAUCCUCGUAUAGUAUAGGAUAGAUUAAUAGCCACAGUUCUAGGGUAAAGUCUACUAUUACUAGGUCCAUAUCUAACUUGUUUUAUCACAUUUUGAAGAAUGAACUAAACAUGAAUAUUGUUUAAAAUAAGAUUGAAGUUUUACAGGGAUGAUUUUAAAAUCAGUGUAUAAUUAACUUUUAGCAUGGCAUCAUUGUUGAGAUAAAACUGAGUAAGAUCUCUAUAACCUAUAUCUGAUUGACUGUAACAGAAAUAAACUAAGCCAUUGUCUAUGUUAGUGUAAAUAUGUGUAUAUAUAUUUCAAGAUAAUGGAAAUGACUUAAAUUUGAAUAUUCACAGACACAACAGGAAUAAGGAAUACAGGUCCCAGAAGCUAGCACAUUUUAAAUGUAGUUAUACGACUUGUAAAAUGAGAAUAUCUUCAGUAAUUGGUGGCAUGAAUUGCUCCAGUCAUAAAUAAAACUGCUCCAACUUCAAAUUGACUCUCAUUGCAUGAAAUUUAGUGUCAAGGUAUCUCUUCCUUAAGUCUUAGCAUUCACAAAAUUUUACUGACUAACUGAAUGCAAGAUUUUCCUGUCAAUUAGGCUGUAAUGAUCAACGAAAACUGCCCUGGAAACUGCUUUAUAUCACAAGUUGUGUGAUAUUCAUUUUAAUUUGUAACGUCAAUGAUUGCAGGUAGAUUCAAUUCAAAAUAUUUAUCUUGCUGUUUUGUUUUUUUUUUCUGUAUGAAGGUGAUCAGUAGAAUUUGAAAAUGCAAAUCUUAAGGAUGAAUGGACAAAGUUAUCCUUGUGAUUUUUCUGUGUUUUAUAUAAUAUUGGCAUUUAAAGUAUAUUGACAUGCAUCCUUAAUGAUUGGAAAAUGUGCAAAUAAGGCAUGUGUAAUGGAGAUAUGCCCUUUUUUGGCAUGGAUUAUCAAGUUAUAGUCUUAUGUGUGAUAUAGAUGUGUAAUAGUACAGAAAUUUGAUGAUGUACAUUUAUAUUCCUAACAUAGAUAGGAAAGUCUUUCUCUUUUAGCUUAGAAGAAAAAGUCUUCUAUGUAAACAUUUAUCGUCUUUUGUACAAAUUUGUUAUGUUUUUUAAUUAGGAAAUUGCAUUUAUAGAUGAUAAUCACUCUCAUAGCCAUCUUGUCAUUGAUUGACUCACAAGUAUCAAUUAUGCAGGAAAAAUGCUGGAGUGUGGAGUACUUUUCUGGAGCAGAUUUGAUCAAAGCUUUUGUGUAGAGUAUGGGAGGCAGUAAUUGAGAGAUGAGCGUGUAACCGAAGUGAAUGUUUGAGGCUGAUAAUUGUAGACAAGAUUAGUGUUGUACUAUAAUAUACCUUGUUUUCCACUUAACUUAUCUUUCUAAUGGUGUAAUAUUUUGAUUUCAUUCUGAACUACUAUUAGUACUUAUAGUAUGUCACCUCUGAUUUCUUUAUCAGGUGAAAUUGCUAGUGAUUCAAACUGUUGAUAAAUUAUUGCAUUGCAUUGUGGUGGAAACAUUCUUUUUAACAUACAGUAAUGUGGCAAGUAAUAUGAUGUUCAUUCCGUAGUGAGCCCAUGAGCCCGAUACAUUACUUCUAACUAAAGCCAGGGGAUGGAUUUAUUACAGGACAGUUAAAUACCAUAGGUUGAUAAUUUUAGUAACAUUGAUAUACCAGGUACAUGGAUUGGCUUAAAGCAGGAUAAAUACAAUAGUAUAAAGUCACAAGUUUCAACAAACUCCUAAUAUUACAUCAAUUUAAUUUGAUGAUCUAGAGUUUCAGUUCAGAAUUUAUUUCAAAAUGAUAAAUGGUCAUCUCUCUAGCUUACAAAGUGUUGAUUUGUUAUUUUGUAAAAAGAAAUUGUAAUUGAGCAAAAAAAUCAUUUAUGUUGUUCACCUGAUGUUUUUGUAGUAGCCUCAGAUUUAACCAAGAAAGUGAUAUCUACUUUGUAAUAUUUACUGAUAUUUUGAUGUUAGCGUAUUACAGGGCCAGGUUUUUUAAGUCUUCUGUAUGACUUGUAGAUUUACUUUGGUGUGGCCAGGUAUGUAGAUGCCACAGGUUGUUUUUACAUUGGUAUGGAUGUAUACAGAAGUAAACUCGGUCAGUCUGUGAUGGUUUCUGAUGUGUUUAACUACAUCACCUUCCAUUUGUGAAACAAAUCUGUGCAAAGAAUAUUUUGUGAUGAAUUAUAAAUUCUCAUGACCUUUAUAUGUAUCGACCUGUUUUGUCUAUGUCCUUGAACCUGAUAUUUAUUAAUGAUUGAGCUAUUGAUGAUGAGGUUUUCUACUCUCUCUGUUAACAAGAUAACAUUAAAUCAAGAUGUUUUCUUAACAGCA